UAUAAUGAUAUUACAUUGUUCGGCACCUUAAAAGCUUAUUUAAAUAAUUAUAAAUCCCAAAAAUUUUUAAAUAGAAUAAAAAACUACAUUAAAUACAGACGAUUGUUUGAAUUUAGAUACAACAUUUUUUCAUAAAUAAACUUUUUAUGUAAAUAAUAGAAUAUAUUUUAUCCAAAACUCGAUUUCUAAAGAUAAUAAUCAUAUAUAUUGUGCAGAUUUUGACUUAAAAAAACUAUUUCCAAUUAAAAAUAUAGAUACAAAGCCAUCAUCUUUCAGAAUAAAUUACUCAGCUGUAAUUUAUAUGUUUAAAAUUUACAUAUUCGGCGGUCUAAAUGAUAAUAAUUAACCCACUAAUAUGUUUGAUAGUUUCGAUAUAAGUACUUAUAAAUGGGAAAAAGUUUCAACCAGUGGGAAAUUACCUCUUCCGAGACAUUCACAUUGUUGUGAAAUAAUAGAAAAUAAAAUGAUUUUAUUCGGAGGAACCAAAUCUAAUGAUAUAUUUGAUAGAGAAUGCUUCUAUUCUGAUAUAAACGUGCUUGAUUUAAAAACUUAAGAAUGGAUAUAAUUAAAUGUUAAUGGAUAAAUUCCAAAAUAUAUGGCAUAUGGAUAUAGCUUCAAAAUAGAAGAUAAUUUAAUACUUUUUUUAUGGAAUGAUAGGGCUAAUGAUAGUCAUGAAAUGGAAUGCAGUGUUUUAGAUUUAAAUGGAUUGAAAUGGAGUUAUUUAGAUUUGCUUUCUAAAAAACCAGAAUUAAGAUAUUCUGCUGCUAGUUGUUAUAAUGAAGGGUUGAAAUAAGUUAUUUUUUAUGGUGGAUUUUCUUUUACUUAGAACGAGAUUAAUUGUGUUGUUAAUGAUUUAGAUUAAUUGUUACUUUUUAAAGAUGAAAAUGCUGAAGUUUUUUCAUAGUUAGAAUUAUAUGGAGGUGAUACAUAUGAGUAGAAUUUUUAGGAAAAUAUACCUAGUUAAGUUGAGGAAAUUAAAAAUGACUAUUUUUAUAAAGAAAGUAUUGUUAUAUUUAUUAAUUUAAAUAAGAAAAUAAAAAAAAAAAGGUGAAGUUGAUGUGGAAGAUAUUUCGUUUGAAUAACUACUUAAAAGAGAAAAGUAAGCUGAAGAAGAAGAAUUAAAAUAAAAAUAAAAUAUAAUGGAAAACUCAAAUGAAAGUAAAAUGAAAAAUAAAAGCAAAUCGUAGAUUAAUUAAAAUUAAGGAGGUAG